UCCACCAUGAUAGAUCUGAAACUAGGCUUGUAAAAACCAGCAACUCAAUAAGAAAAACAGAGGCUCUCACCGAAGCAACGGGGACGUAGGCAAUUUGCCGAACCUCGAUAAAUAUUGGUGUCUUUGUGUUAGAAUUGUUUUAGUUUUGUUCUCUGAUUUCAUAAUAGUUUGUUUAUAUUUUUCAUAGAAUAGAAAAGAAAUAAUGUGCGUUUAUUUUUAAAAUAGAUUAUGUAUUUCUGUAAUUACCUGCCGGUCUUGGAGAGGUUAGCUAGCUGAAACGCCAUUCUCCACCACUUCCCAUUUUCCUAGUUUAACAUAUAGUUUUUAAAUUUCAGUAAUACAGUUUCUUCAAAGUGACAAAGCUAAGACAUGUAAAUCAUAUACAGCGCUGUGCUUAUUAUGUAUUUAUAUAUACAAAUGCUAUGGACUAAUCAGACAUAAAAUAUUCGUAGGUAUAGAUAAGCCUAUAUUAGGAAUUAAUAUAAUUAUUAAUGUCCAAUCCAGGCAUGGUAGGUAGAGAAAUCAACCUUAUUAACAAUUUUCUAUUUUUGCACAAAAACCUCUGUUGGGGACAGGGUCAGGUAAUUUUCUGUUAGCAAGAAUUCCUCUCACCUCUCAAGCAAAAUACACCAUCAUUUGCUACAACAAAACUUAAUUUCUCCACUGCCUCAUAUAUGAUUGUCUCACAGGAAAUCUUCUUAGCCCUGCCUCAGGGAAAGGUUUUUUAUUUUUUUUAUUUUUUCAUUUUUGUCCCUGUUUUUCUUCUCCUCUGUUUUUUCUGUUGCAUCUUAUGGAAUCCUUCAAUCUUUCUUCAAAAUCCAAUCAAAAUGGAAAAUGCAAAUAAUAAAAGCAUCAACAUUUUGGUUUUGAUUUGGAAAAAAGGGGCAAUCAAUUAAAUUUAAAAUUUUUUUGAAAAAAAAAAAUAUAUAUAUAUAUAUAUAUAUUUUUAUGGAGAAGAAGGGGACGAUAUUGAUGCAGAGAUACGAGCUUGGACGUCUUCUUGGACAGGGGACAUUUGCAAAAGUGUACCAUGCCAGAAAUCUCAAUACCGGCCAGAGCGUCGCCAUUAAAAUCAUCGACAAAGAGAAGGUCAUGCAGGUAGGUCUAAUCGACCAGAUCAAGAGGGAGAUCUCCGUGAUGCGACUGGUUAGGCAUCCAAACGUGGUUCGGCUCUACGAGGUCAUGGCCAGCAAAACCAAAAUCUAUUUCGCCAUGGAAUACGUCAAAGGCGGAGAGCUUUUCGACAAGGUCGCCAAGGGCAAGCUCAAAGAAGACGUGGCCCGCAAGUAUUUCCAGCAAUUGAUUGGAGCCGUCGAUUUCUGCCAUAGCCGAGGGGUUUAUCACCGAGAUCUGAAGCCUGAGAAUCUGCUUCUGGAUGAAAAUGGAAAUCUCAAGGUUUCAGAUUUCGGUUUGAGUGCUCUGUUCGAAUCGAGAAGAAAGGAUGGUCUCCUCCACACCACGUGUGGAACACCUGCUUAUGUAGCUCCUGAAGUGAUUAACAAGAAGGGUUAUGAUGGAGCUAAAGCUGAUAUAUGGUCUUGUGGAGUCAUCCUCUUCGUUCUGUUGGCGGGUUAUCUUCCAUUCCACGAUCCGAAUCUCAUGGAAAUGUAUAGGAAAAUCAGCAAAGGAGAUUUCAAAUGCCCACAAUGGAUACCAGCCGAGGUUCGAAAGCUUCUUUCGACGAUUCUCAAUCCCAGUCCAAGCACCAGAAUCGACGUAGCGAAGCUGAAGGAGAACACGUGGUUCAAGAAAGGAAUCAAACAUGUCGAAAGCCCUGAAACACAUUUUGCAAUUUCAACAUCCGACUACCGUGGCAGUCCGAGUUUCAAGAUCGCCAAGUCGAAUUUCAAUGCGUUCGAUAUCAUAUCGUCUCUGUCUCCGGGUUUCGAUCUAUCCAAUUUGUUCGAGGAAGAUAUGAAUCACAUGAGACCCGAGGCAAGAUUCACUACCACGAAGCCGGUUUCCACCAUCGUUUCGAAAUUCGAAGAAAUAGCAGAGAUGGAGAGUUUUAAGCUGGUCAAAAGGGAUGGGACGAUGAAAUUGCAAGGCAGCAGAGAAGGAAGAAAAGGACAAUUGGCAAUUGAUGCUGAGAUUUUCGAAGUGACGCCUGCGUUUUAUGUUGUGGAGGUAAAGAAAACGGCCGGUGACACGUUGGAAUAUAAAGAAUUUUGUGACCACGACUUGAGGCCCUCUCUCAAGGACAUAGUUUGGACAUGGCAAGGUUACGAAGAGCAAGAAAAAUAAAACACCUUCCUAGGUGCUUUUCUUCUUAGAUAGGAGAAACAGAUAGUUUCAAAGCCACUACUUGUUUUGGCAAAGGUCUCGAAUUUGAAUAUCCACCAGAACAUGAUGAUGUGGGAGGGGGAAAAAAAAAACAGAAAACAACUAACCUAUCGAAUAGUGGCUUUUUGUAUUUGGGUAUUUUUUUAUGUCAAAAAACACCAAAAAGGCUAUUUGGGUUUCGGACGUAUUUGGGAGCCACUACUUGUUUUGGCAAAGGUCUCGAAUUUGAAUAUCCACCAGAACAUCAUGAUGUGGGAGCAACUAACCUAUCGAAUAGAGCCUUUUUAUAUUUGGGUAUUUUUUUAUGUCAAAAAAACCAAAAAGGCUAUUUGGGUUUCGGACGUAUUUGGGUUACAUCUUUGUCCUCAUAGAGCGCGAACAAGCCCAAAGAAUGUCAUCAGAAAAGUGGGUCUUGCACAUGAUCUCGUAGAACAAAUUUGUGGUUCGUGGAGUGACCAAAAAAGAUAUUGUUCGACCAGCGAUAAACAUAUUGCAACACUUGUAUCAUUCACCGACAACAAAAUAAAAAUAGCAGCUUCUAUUGUCAAGUCCACGUCUUAUCCAAUUCACCACACCGUCACUCAGCAUUCAUUCACCUAAACGUCACUUCGUUGUUCGUCGAAUCUAGCCCUUGGUUGUUAAGAGCUACUGAAUGCGAAUGUGACA